AUGAAAGCUUCUGGAUCGCCUUGUCCUCUAGAUCAACUUUCAAUCAUUUGCUUCAAACGUUGUCCAUUCUUGCGCACUUAUCUAACCGAAGUGAUUCGUAGCGUCUGGUCUUCGAAAUCUGUACCAGCUGAAUGGAAAAAAGCGUGUUCUAUUCUUAUCCACAAAAAAGGCAAUACAAGUGACCCCUCCAAUUUCCGCCCAAUUAUUCUAGAAACUAUACCACUAAAAGUGUUUACCUCUUGUCUCCGCAAUGCUAUGUUCUCGUUCCUAACUACUAAUAACUUUAUUGAACAUCAGAUUCAAAAAGGUUUCACUCCCAAUCUGUCUGGCACUCUGGAACACACUGCUCAAAUGACAAAUAUUAUCAACCAAGCGAGAAUAAAGCAGCGCUCUGUUGUCAUCACCCUUCUCGAUCUCAAGAAUGCUUUUGGUGAAGUGCAUCAUAAUCUAAUUCAAUCUGUCCUCGACUAUCAUCACAUUCCCAAAGACGUUAGUGAAAUAAUACAGAGCUUGUAUACGGACUUCAAUACUGCAUUUAUAACAUCAGAAUUCUCCACCCCAUUUAUAACUGUCGGUCGUGGAGUUCUUCAAGGAGACUGUCUUAGUCCUCUGAUUUUUAAUAUGUGCAUCAAUACCUUUAUUCAACAUAUAAAAACUGACAAAUACCGGCAAUUUGGUUUCAUUACAAAUCUUUUAAACCCAGUCCAUUGGUUCCAGUUCGCUGAUGAUGCUGCGGUAAUAAGCGGUCAAGAUUCAGAAAAUCAACAUCUUUUAAAUCGAUUCUCGAUCUGGUGCCAGUGGUCUAACAUGAUUGUCAGGGUUGAUAAGUGUUCAACAUUUGGGAUCAGGAAAAGUCUCACAAAAUCUAUCCAAUAUUUACCUAAACUUCUGAUUAACAAUGAAUUGAUACCUGCCACUAAAAUUGGAGAGUCGUUUCGAUACUUGGGGAAAUAUUUUGACUUCAGUAUGUCCGAAAAAGAACACAAACAAGAGCUAAUCACUCUCAUGGACGACAUUAUGUCUGAAAUUGAUCUCAAACCUUUGCACCCAAAAAAUAAACUUUUGCUUUAUAGUCGUUACCUCCUAUCCAAACUUUCCUGGCAUUUCACUGUAACCACCUUAUCAAAAACCUGGGUCUCUGAAAAUAUGGAUUCUGUGGUGAACAAGUACGUACGUAAAUGGCUUGAAAUACCUAUAUCAGGAACUCUAUCUAACGUCUACCUUACCAGUAACAAGUUUGGUCUAAAUAUCUACCCGCCGUCAAUUAAGUUUGUUCAGUGCCAAACAGUUGCUCGUAACGCCUUAAAGACCUCUCCAAAUCAUUCCAUAAAAGACCUCUGGAAAACAACAUCUGAAAGCAAAAACAUUCAGUACGACGUCUACACCUCGACAAAGGAAGUCCUUAAAACUUUUACCUCCGGACAAGAAGACAAACUGCAGAAUCAUCUGAUUUUGCAAGGCUCCUUCUUCUCAAAUGUCAUUAAGUUUUCACUGUCGAAAUUAAACGGUAUAUGGUCUAAAUCCCAAUCAAACCUCCCAAAGAACAUCUAUAACUUCACCAUUCGUUACAUUAAUAACUCACUUCCAACUCGUAAAAACCUUACUAAAUGGGGAAUAUUGUCCAACUCUGAUUGCUCCUUCUGCUUAAACCCUGAAACCCUUUUACACGUAGUUGCUGGAUGUCAAACGUACCUCCCACGAUUUACAUGGAGACAUGAUUCUGUUCUGAACUUCAUAGCACAAACGCUACAACCUGUAAACAACUCCAAUCUUUUCGUCGAUCUUCCUGGUUAUAAAAGCCCAUCAAUUGUAACUGGUGACACAUUCCGCCCAGACCUACUUCUAUCUAUCAACUCGGAUUGUCUCUAUAUCCUUGAACUUUCUGUUGGCUAUGAGUCUAAUCUACAAACAAAUGUUGAUCGGAAAAGAAGAAGAUACGAAGAUCUCAUUACACAGCAAAAGAAACAAUUUAAGUCCGUAAAAUUUGUAAAUUUGUCAAUUAGUUCUUUAGGCGUUUUCUCAAAAGAAUGUCAUUCCUUUUUAGAUAUGUUAACUGAUCUAGGUCUUGAUAAAAGACACCAAUAUUUCGCUAUCAGGAAAAUUAUGUCUAUCGCGAUUAGGACAACAUAUUAUAUAUUUUGUUGCAGAGAUAAGGACUGGUUAAAUCCGGAAUUACUGAACAUUUAA